AGACACCAAUGGCAAUCUCAGCAGCUUUCUCUACUUCCUACACCCUCCAAAGCAGCUUAUUGUGUACCCAAAAAUCAAAUCCACUGUCUUACAAAACCUCAGUGUUAUUCCCACCCCAAGUAGGGAAGAAACUCAUCCACCAACCUCUAAGGAAUAAAGUAUUUCCUCCCAGGAGAUGUGUUGGUGAAAUCAAUGCAUCAAUUAAUUGGGAGAAGGGUUACAAGAAAGUUGAGGUGUUCAGUAAGGAGCAUCUUGCUGUGUCAUUGGCUUACGAUGUUGCUCAACUCUCUACCAAAUUCACUAGGGAGAGAGGUGCUUUCACUGUCGUUUUGUCUGGUGGCUCACUCAUCAAGUACCUCAGGAAAUUGGUUGAACCUCCCUACGUUGAUUCCAUAGAUUGGUCAAAGUGGCAUGUUUUCUGGGUGGAUGAGAGAGUCGUGCAAAAGGAUCACUUAGACAGUAAUUACAAGCUAGCCAACGAUGGAUUUCUCUCAAAGGUGCCAAUUCCUCCCACAAAUAUUUAUGCCAUUGAUGAUGCCCUACCAGCUGAUGGAGCAGCUGAUGUUUAUGAGACAAAUCUGAGACGCUUAGUUAAGAGCAAUGUGAUAGCUACAUCAACUACUGAAUUACCAAAAUUUGAUCUCAUGCUCUUAGGUAUGGGCCCAGAUGGGCAUGUGGCUUCAUUAUUUCCAGGGCACCCUCUUCUAAUGGAAGAUAAGAAAUGGGUUACCUUUAUCAUGGACUCACCAAAGCCACCAUCUGAAAGAAUCACUUUUACUUUACCAAUAAUCAAUUCAGCUUCAAAUAUUGCAAUGGUGGUGACUGGUCAGGGUAAAGCAAACGCAGUUUACUCAGCACUUGGAGAUAAUCAAAAUACUGAUAAGUUGCCGGUUCAGUUGGUUUCGCCUGAAGGGGAAAUGAAAUGGUACCUAGACUUAGGAGCUGCUUCAAAGUUGUUUAAGGAGUAGAUGCAUGUGAUAUAUGUGAGCAAUAUACUGUAUUUGUAUUAAGUUUCAUUUUUAACCAAUUAGGUGGGGUUUCUUGAUCUUUAAGUAAA